GCAUGGGGGAAAGGAGGCACCCAGCAGCAACAGGCGAGGAGAUCUCCUGACUCUGCUGCGGUAUGGCAGCAUGGGAGAACUCAUUCUCGCCUCCAGGUCUCCUCCCUCUUCCCCACUUCCUGCUGGCUCUCUCCCCGGUGCCUCCCCUCUUGCCCUCGAGGGAAUUCCGCCCAUCCCACUUCUCCUGGCAGCGGCCCAACUCCAGACAUACGCACUGCUGCUGCAGCACCUGUUGCUGCUGCGAAUGCUAGCGAUGCUGCUGCGGAAGGCGGGCUGGGAUUAAAUGGGCAAGGCACGGUGCCUGGGCGCAAUGCAACCAUUAUCAGCAGCCAGCCCAAAGUGGAGGCGGCAUGGGCAGAAACGGGUCGCAAGGAGAUUACUCACGCUGCCACGGGCCGGCGCGUGGACAGGUUUUAUUUCGGCUGCUCCGUUCUGGGCUGCCCGGCACGCAAAGUCGUGGAUGUUCAGCUGCCCAGCUGCCGACCUAUGAGCCCAGCUGUAGUGGAUAGUGUGUAUUGCAGGGGGAGGGGGCGGGGGAGAGAGGGAGAGAGGAAGGGGAGGAGAGAAGGGAGCGGAUGGAGGAGAGUGGUGGGGAGGGCGGUGCAGGGGAAGGAACGAUGAGUGAGCGAGGGAGGGGGAGCGGCACACGCAUGCAUGGCAAGACGAAUGGAAUGGAGUCGGGUGCAGCAGGGGGAGGGAACGACUGGGAGGGGGAGGUCACCGGGCAGGUGACAGAAACGUUCUACGGAUUCCAUCUGGGGCACCCCCCCCCUCCCCCUCCUCUCUCUUCCGCUCCUCACCCACCGCUGCUGCUGCUGCUGCCGCCGUCACGGCCUCUGGAGCUCCACCAGUGGCCCAGGCCGGCUUUGACGUGCCUCGGAGUAACGCUGUUGCUGUUGCUGGCGGUCCCCUGCCAUCAGCCCCGGCAGGAUUUGAGGCGAGAUUUGGAGCACCUCGACGCACCAUCCACCGAGUCUCCUCCCUCCCACCUACCUCCUCCUUACCACUGCCCUUGUCUCGAGGCGUUCCUGUCACACCCGCUGCUGCUGCUCCUCCUGCUGCUGCUUCUGCUGCUGCGGCUGCUGCUGCUGCGGCUGCUGCUGCUGCGGCUGCUGCUGCUGCGGCUUGUGCUAAUGCAAGUGUGCCUGACCCUUUUUACUCCAGUGCUCGUCCCAUCGCCGCUGCCCUUCCAACCACACCUGGUCCUCCCUUGGGUCACUCAAACGAUCAAUCGGGCUUCCCCACUCUCCGUUGCGGUCCGGAUCGCAAUCCCCCAUCCCCCAGUCCCCCACCCAUCCCGCACACCCCACCUACCAGCCCUCCCCCCAGCCUCAUCUCCCCAAUCUCCCCUCACCUCUGCACCCACCUCCUCCCCUGCCUCGUCCAACCUGCUCGCCCCUCUCCCGCGCUCCCUCACUCGCCAGAAACCCGUGCCUUCUCUCUCUCCCAACCGCGACUCCUUUCCGGGCAGCUAUGAUGGAAACGGACAGUUGGAAGGCAUGCAAGAUGAAUACGCCAGCUAGGCGAACAGGCUGGCUUUUUGCAAGUGGUUAUGGCAGUGAUGUAAGGCAAGGUGGGUUUUGCAUGGUCUGCCAGCUGUUUACCCCCAGGAAAACAAGGUUACAUUCUAUAUAUUGUGACAUCUUUGUUUGAAUCAUCAUUGUCACA